AGCAUGAAGUCUUAAAAAGACUGGACACCAAUGGAUGAGUCAGUGGGCGUUUGUUUAAUGGGCGAUGCGUGUGGAAGGAGUAAAACAUCUAGAAAAUGUCUGACCGUGCACACGUGAAUGACAGUUGUCAUGGAGGAUGAAGAUGACCGCCGGCUUCUAGACAUUAUUGGGGACGUGCAGGCACUGAAUGCCUACCUUCAUGGCACCAGCAGAAAAGCAAUUGAUGAAGAGGAUUUGGACCGGACCACAUUCAAUUCAGCCAGCUCUUUCUUUGCUAGUACAACUAGCACCACCCUGAAGGAUGUGACUAAGCAUCUGGGCAGCCCUGGUGCAGAGGGUCUGCCAUUAUCUAACAGUUUGCACUUUCUGGAGGAAGAUGGCUCUUCUCCAGGGACAGAGACAGAGCUGGGGGAGGAGCAACCUUUUGACAUUCUGCAGAAGUCACUGCAGGAAGCCAACAUCACAGAACAGACAUUGGCGCAGGAGGCGUUUCUGGAGUCCUCUUCAGGUCUCAGCCCUGGUCACCUCUUUGCUACACAAGUAGCUAAUGACACCACUAACUUGGGUAACAUGGGCCUCUCUCAAUUCCCACCCUUCUCUGGUGUGCAGUCACACAACAAUAACCCAGGUGGGCCCAUUCAGCUUUUGAGCUCCUUUAACACACAGCCCUCAGUAAUGACAAUAAACCAUCUGGAUCGUUCCCAGAUUCUUCUCAAGCAUGGCCAGUCGUCAUCUCCUAAUGUAGGUAGUGGGCUGUUUGUUCAAAGGCAGGCAAAUUCUGCAAACCUUGGCAGUGGCAAUAUCUUUAACAACUCACUAAGUGGACAUAUGAGUUUGCCAUUUAAAGGCUGUGAAAUGCAAACCGCUUUACCACUGCAAAAUAUCAUCAUUCAGAGGACUCCAUCACAGCCCCUUGGAAAUCAGAAAGGCCCAAUCAGCAUUCAGCCCAAGCCUAUGGUGGAUGGUCGGCAUGCUGUUUACAGUGUCAAUAGUGUGGGUGUACAACAGCAGAGCAGCCCUUUUGUUCCAGUCUCUUCAUCUCAAAUGGACCAGCAGCAAAUGACUGUCAGUAUUAUUAACCAGCCAGGGAUGAGCAAGAUUGUCCACCCUGGGGGCAUCACAAGUAGCAUACACCAGCACCCUUCCUGCUUGCCUCACAACCAAUUUCUUCUCCCCACCUCCCGUCCCAUUACAUCCAGCAACGCAAGCCAAGGAAUGCAAACACUGAAUGGGCAGGCUGGACAAACCUCUGAACCUUCUCCACAAGUUUCUAGUAACACUCCCUAUUCGGAAUCCAUUUUCCCCCAGCAUGGCACACCCGUGCAGCUGAUUGCUGGGCAGAAUCUUAUGUCACCUAGGGGUCAAUUUAUAGUCCAUCAGCAAGUCUCACCAGCUGUUGUGCACCUAGCAGCCCCCCAACCGGACAUGUCCAAGGUCAGAGCAAAUGUUCCUUUAGGGACCAUCCAUGGCAUGCAGAUCCAAAACCAAUUUGCUGUUGUACAGUCCAACAGCCCCAUCCCUAGCAGCUAUGAAACUCAAUCUCAACCUUCAGUUCAGGGCUUCAAUUCCCAGCAAUCCUGCUUUCACAGGGACAAGUUCAGCAACAGUGCCCCCAAAGCAGGACAUCAGUUCCUUAUCCCUGUCGGCAGCAACCAGCAACAGGAUAAUUCAUCUUUGCAGCAGCAGCAGUUUGGACAGAACCAGCAGGUCACUCUAGAGGCACAAGUGCAGACUUCUCCAGGACUUUCUUCAAAGCCUCAAGAGCCUAGACAAGGACACAUGUCAAACCUCCUAAAUAAAAAAGUUUUGAAGAGCUCAGGGGGACCUGCACCACUUGUGGAGAAUGGACCUCCCAACAAAGUGGCUGGACACUCCAUUCUGCAGCACAGUGUUCGGGCUUCUGCAGCAAAGAAGAGACAGGCAUCUCAUCAGCUAACAAAAAGCACCUUCAUUUUAGAGCAGCUACAGAAAGACCAAGCCUCUGUCCAAACUGCAGACAGGGCUCACUUUUCCUCCCUAGAUGACGCUAUUCGCAGACUUCUUCCCUAUCAUGUCUUUCAAGGUUCUUUGCCCUCUGAAGAAGAGUUCACCAAAGUGGAUGAAGAGUUUGAAGCGGUUGCAAAGCAGGUGCUGUUGAGGACAAAGGCAAUGCUGAACAAGUACAGAUGGCUGCUCCUGGAGGAGGCCAAGCGAUUGAACCCCUCCUCAGAGAUGGUCAUGAUUGACAGAACAUUCAAUCAGGAAGAGAGAGCCAACCUGACCCGAGACAAGCGCCUUGCUCUCAUGGAUCCAGAUGGCUUCCUUGAGGACUUCUGCUGCCUGACCCAGGCAAAAAAAGAAGAACCAGUUUCUUCAUGCUCUAAAGAUGAUCCACAUUUGGAGCAAAAAAAUGUAUCCACACCCACAGAGACCUUUAGGACUAUAUCCCUCUCUAAGGAGCUGCCUGCUUCAGCCUCGGAAAAGGAGGUACCCAUAAGUGGACACCUGCAGACAGCAAUUGGCAGCGUUCUGGAGCACAAGAAUUCCCAAAAUUGCAUGUCUCCAGGGCAAACCCAUGCCGUGGGUCACACAGACUCUGCUCUGGAAGCAGCUGUAAAUAGCAUAUUAGAUCCCUGAAUUUUCAGAGUUGUAAAUAUUUUGUCUCAUUCUGAGUAAUGGAAGCUCUCUGUGUUCAGGUGUAUGCUACUACUGAAGCACUUUUCAUUUGGAUGAAUUUUCAUAUGCUGCUCACUGCUAUAACAUGCUUGAGCCUGACUCCGUCCUCACUGU